AGAAAUUAUGUACUCGAUUGUGUUUGAAAAGUAAUCGAACUCACUGAAUGCAAGCGGGAAAUGAUACAGACGCCAUUUUGGAGAAGGUGUUUUUCCGAUGUGAAUGAUGGUGAAACCGUGGAAGUACUGUUUUGAUCGACCUCCUGGAUUAAUUUGUCACAUUUUCCACUGGGACAGUUAAGAAAAAGAAUUACAGUUGUCUGAUUGAAAAAACGCCAAGAUGUUCUACGCAAGCUUCGUGCUAAAUAAGAAGGGCCCUUUGGCUCGUAUUUGGCUAGCUGCUCAUUGGGACAAAAAGCUAACCAAAGCCCAUGUUUUUGAAACAAAUAUUGACAGCAGUGUGGAGGCAAUUCUCAAGCCAAAGGUAAAAAUGGCGCUGAGAACCUCUGGUCACUUGCUGCUUGGAGUCGUCCGGAUUUAUUCAAGAAAGGCCAAGUAUCUGUUAGCAGAUUGCAAUGAAGCGUUUGUCAAAAUUAAAAUGGCUUUCAGGCCUGGUGUUGUUGACCUACCAGAGGAAAACAGAGAGGCAGCUGUUGCUGCUAUCACGCUACAAGAAAACUUCCAUGACUUUGAGACCACUCUAGCCGACCUUGAGGACAUUAAUGUUCAGGCCCAGUUUUCAGUAAACCAGAGUCGGCCAGAAGAAAUUACAAUGAGGGAAGAUCUCGGGCAGAUUACCCUCAUGGGUGACGAUGGAUUCGGGCCCAUGGAGGACGACUCUUUGGGUGAAGAAUUAAAUAUUGAACAAUUAUGUCUCAUUCUAUAUGGGGAGCCAUGCAAUUUUGUGGAUAGGCCCUUCACGGAAGAUAACCUCUGUGACUUGUUGCAAAAUGCCUUAUCUUUGAAGUCAACAGAAGACAAUUGUUUUAUGUGUAGGAAAGGACUGUUUCACCAACAGUGUCUUUACCCACAUUCAUCGUCUGUUACUCAGGAAAAGACUUGUGAUAGAAACUCUCGUUUGGACAGUGGAAUUAGUGUAGAUAUAUCUGUUGCAUCCUGUGAUACCCCCAGUAGGAGCCUGGGGGAUGAAACCGGAAGUCCUUCCUGUUCUUCCCAGCAUUCCUGUAGCACCCCUCGUCGUGGCAGCUGCUUUUCUCCUCAUUCGCCUUGCUCUUCCGACCACAUCUUUUUGUCGCCUUACCCGGUGGUCAGUCCUGUUUCGUCUGUUCCUUCAAGUGGAGGAAAACUCAGUCUUGAUCUACCUCCUACACCAUCAGGCUGUAAAAGAAAACUUGAGUUAGAUGAUGUUAAUAACCAUGAGGCGCCAAGCCCAACUACAUCAACACCUGUGAGCAACGACAAAUCAGAACUGUGCCUUCAACCUACCCCUCCAGUAACGUCUCAGUGCCCACAGUGUGGCUGCCAGUUACAAGUAACCACCUCAGGCAACGGAAAAGCCAAAUGUUCAGUGCUACAGGCUGGCAAAGAACCUCAAAAACCAGCCCUGGACCACUCGGAUAGUGGUAUCGGUUUGGAGUCUGAUCCAGGCUUUUAUGAGAUGGAGUCUGGUUCAGAAGAGGAAUGGGACGACGAUCGAGAUAUUGAGGUACGGUCCAUUGGCCGUGAUCACCAUCACUGCUGUAGAUCUAGUCAUCAUGGUGAUCACAGUUGUGGGCCAGAGCCCUCUACUAGUAAGAGCAGUGACUCCGAUCUCGAAGGGGUGGGAGGAGGCUUGGCGGUAAAAGAGAGCCAUGUCGAAGAGACGUCAGAUUCUACUGUGGAAGAAAGUGGUUGUAGUCCAUCCACACUUGAUGUCAGUGCAUCUGCUGAUCUUGAGCAUCAGCAAACAAGCCCAUCUGUUGAAGAGAGCCCUUCCGUCUCUUCGGCUUCUGAUCUCAGUAAAUCUGUGGCUUCGGGGGAAGAGAAGGGUUUGAAUGACCAUGACAGUAGCGACCAACCACUUGAUGAUCAGAAAGCGGAGAAGCCUGUGGGGGAUGUUGGCUUUGAUGAGCGUGAGAUACUACCAGAUGCUGGGCAUUUGGAUGACGGUCUGUACAAGAGUGAUGAAAUGGAGCAGGAGAAGGAAGCCGACCAUGAGAUUGACCGCCCAGAAUCACCCAUUGACAAAGAAAAACCGAUGGAUAUUGACUUGCCCCCUCCUGUCGUUGGAGAUGACUUUGGUGGCGGCUUUAUGGAUGGUGAUGAUGGCUGCGAUGAAGACAAUGACGAUAAUUUUGGGGAUGUUGAUCAGGAUUUCUUUGGCCAAGACUUCAUGGGCACGGGAGGUUUGUUUGAGGAUCCACCAGCCAUGCCCAGUGACUCAACAGCACAGGAAGCGGUGCAGGCAGCAUCUGCUUCUCCUGUUCCAGAGGAGAACGACAAACAGCCGGGAGAGGAUGCGGAGGAGUCAGUCCCCCUCCAGGCAGCGGCACCGGGCAUUUCAGCUGUGUCCAGCGUGGGCGGAGAACAGACCACUCUUGUUCACAAUGAGGAGGAGGCUUUUGCGCUGGAGCCUCUGGACAUCACUUCUGUACCAGGUACGGAGCGAAAAGGAAAACGCAAGAGGAAGUUGAUUGUCGAUGAACAAAAGGGCAUUCCAAGUGAAACGAUGAAGCUGCAGUUGUCAGACACCUCUGACAUUGUCACCUCUCUGGAUCUGGCUCCACCCACCAAGAAGCUCAUGUUGUGGAAGGAGACGGGCGGUGUGGAGAAAGUUUUCGUUUUGCCAGGAAGGUCCAUCAUCUCCAAAGUUUCCGCAAAGUUCUUUUCACGCAAUCUGGUGUGCCAGUCUGUAUCGGAAGAUUUUGAGCCUGGCUCUUCACGCAUUGACCUGGAUUUGGCGCCAGAGAUUGCCCGAGAGAACGAGAGGAACACGACCCUGGCGGACGUGACCCGCCAGUCAGAGAUGAGCACCAUCGUGGAAGAGGCCUCAGUGGUGACAGCCGGAGACACCACCGUCCAGUCAGUGCGGCAACAGGAUCUGGGAGACACUUCACACAGAUCUGACAGGUCAGAGCAGCUGUCGGUGGUGGACCCUCUGAUGCCCAACAACCAGUCUCUGUUUGACCAGAUCCCCGACAACAUGACCCUUCAACCGGUGGACGUACCUGCUGACCCCACCACCAUAGAACCAACCAUCAACCCCUUGUUAGACGAGGGACCUCCGUCAGUAGCACCGUUCUCUGUACCACCACCCUCUGUACCCCCCGCAUCUGUUCCUCCAGCAAUGACUUUCGACGAUUUGGAGCAGGAACAGGAUGGAGAACUCAUGCCGGAGACUGCGGAGCAGGAAGAGAAACGAUGGAGCAAACGCACGCAGCAGAUGCAGCACAUGUUUGAGUCGGCCUUCACCUUCUCCGAUACCCUCAGCUUCAAGGACAUGGCUCGCAAUAGCAAUAGAAAACAGGCUGCGUCUCGCUUUUACACGUUACUUGUCUUGAAAAAACACCAGGCUGUUUGCACUGAACAAAAUGAGCCCUUCGGUGAUAUUCUCAUUCAACGAGGGCCUAAUUUUGGCAUUGCUUGCUGAAUUCUAUUUGUAUAUUAAGAUGUGUUUAAAUGAAGCUGUACAAAGGUAGCAUGCGUGUGGUGUGGGUGUGUGCAUGUGUUACCAGCAAGAGAGAAUGAGUGUUGUGCCCAGCAGGACAAAUGUGGAGUUUUUAAAAGUUGCUUCUUUUCUGGAGUUGGAUUGAAACUGUUCUGCAGUUUCUUUUCUGCUUCUAAAGUUGUAGAUGGCCGUAUUGUUUUAAGUGCCACAAUUCCAAGUCUUUGCCUCUUUGUCCCAGUAAAUGGUUUGUUGGGAGCUCUAGCUGGGAUGGUCUUUCGUAUUCAUUUCAUUUUGUCAUCUCGUUUCAUCUGGUCACUGUGCUCCUCAAAACCCUGUCUUUCCUGUGAAAGUUUCUCAAAAGUCCCUAAAAAACUUGAGCUGCCAGCAUCAUUGGAGUGAUACAAGGGACAGACAAAAAAAGUUUUCUCUGUACCAUUGGAGAAAUUGGAUAGCUUUGAAUUUUACAGGUAUUUUUUCUUAUACAAUAGACAGCCAAAGUCACUGUCAACUCAAACAUAUUUGUCACCGUGUUUACUCCUUGCAGUGCAAUGCCUGUUUGAAUUAGGAAUUACUUGUUGCUCACAGGAAAGAACCGGAAAAAAGUUCCCUCUUCCUGCUGAGUGCCAGUUGCGCAUGUUUGUGGGCAGUUUCUCGGAAACAAGUGGAUGUGUUUUACCUUAAGGACCCUUCGUUAUUUGCCUCAUUGGUUGUACUGUCUCUGAGUCCUGCAUAUUGGUUGCUAAGCCUUGGAAACUUCAUGCUCGAGGGUGUAUAAUUUUAGUCUGCCUCAUGCCUGUUUCCAAAUUUGUAUAUAUACACUAAUGGGUCUCUGGAUGAUCCUCGUAAUGGAGGAAUUUUUCCUUGCUGAUCGACUGCUGCUUUCAGCCUUUCCCUUGUUCUGGAUUACUGUUCCAAUUGAUAGUUAUAAAUUUGACUUUCCUUUUGUUUUAAUUUGUUCCUGUCCGUCCCGAAGUUGUGUUGAAUGUUGAAAUUUGGCAGUCCUCUGGCAAUAAGAUUCUUCCUUUUGCUAAGGGAUUGGAUGUCUCUGUUUCUGUUUUGGUUUAGUGUUAAAGAAAUCAACUGUACUGCGAAAAUUCAAGUUCAUGUUGAAUUGUUGUUACUUGUACAUUAUACGGCUAAUAAUGUCAUUAACUCCAUGGGUGUUUUGUGGAAAGAAUUUUAGUUCUGGUCCCUGAUAGAUUUUGUCUUGUGAACUGAAUCAUUUCUUGUUCCAGACCUGAAAAUUGUGCCGUUGACUUUAGGAUAUAUGUGGGCAUUUAAUGUGGGAUGCUUUCUUUUCAGACCUGUCAGGGUGAAACAAAGUUGUCGAAAUAAUAGUUGCAGGUGUGGCACAAUUAUUAUAGCCUACCUAUUUUCCUAAUAGUGGUCUUUUAAGAUUUAGAUUUACAGUUGUUUGUGUGAAAUUGGAAUUGUUUUAUUGUGAUUGUAGAGGAGUAUCUGGUUGUUCAGAUUUUUUAGCUAACGGUGCAAAGAAGUAGACUACAACAUUGUCUUGUCGUGUAUGUGGAGUUCACUGUGUUAUGUGAAUAAGGGUAAAUUGUACUAAUAAUUUGUCAAGAACUUUUUAAUGUAAAGGGGUUUCUUGUUUGUAGACGGUUGUUGUAAAUGCAGCGAUGGUGAAUUGUCCUUUUUUUUUCGGAGUAGGGGGGGAGGGGGGUAAACAGCAUGUCUACUUUAAUAUUUAAUAUCUGCAUCGUUUACCUCAUUAUUAUUGUAAUAUUUCUUUUGUGAGUCUGUUUAACCAAACUUUCAAAUGUUGAUUUUUUCCCCUCCUCUGAUAAGGCUCAGGGUAAGUUGGGUUUCACUAGUAGACCAUCUUGUCUAGUUUUUACUUUAAAUUGUGUUCUUGACCAUUAUUUUGACAGACUUCGUGCUAUUUAAGCUAGAGAGGUGAGCAGAGUAAGUCUGAUUCCCUGUAAAGACUUCUCUGUUGACAUCCACCGCUUCAUGCUCAUAUGACCUUAUACCUCUACUAAAGCUAAACUGAUUUUUCUACCUAGCUGGAUUAUAAUGAUGUAUAGUUUUUAAUUUGGGGAGGUGUGGUAAAGAGAUCUUAGAGAGGUAGCUGAUAUUCUAAUAUAGUCACAUGGGUUUGGGGGUUUGUGAGGAAGCUGGGUAUAGUUUAUCCUGUAGUUUUUUUAAAGGACUUUGUACUCUUUUCCUUCUACUUUCUGCACUUUGUACAUGUGGGGCCUGUGAUAAACAGAGUUUUUAUAUCUCCUACAGAAACUUUGUCUGCAUCCACACCCUCACACUUUGAAUCUUAUCUUGUUUGUCCGAAUAUAAUUUUAUGAAUUGCGGCAUUUCACUCUUCCCAGUAGCUGAAAAAUAAAGGUUUUAAUUCUGUACAAUCCAAAGUUUUAGUGAAUGCAGUGCAAAAGGUUUAUUAUUUGUGUCUUGUAUCCAUUUCUAGGAUAAAGCCAGAACUGAGAGUGUUUUCCAUCAAAAUUUGUGUCGCAUGUAUGUCAUGCUAGCUAGUGGUACUAGGGCUUGUGUCAUAUAUGUGGGACAUUCUUAUUGGGCUUAUAUUGCCAGUUCUCUACUGUACUCAAAGUGCGUAGUGGUAAGGGUCAUGUGACGGUUCACCGCUAGAGUCUUGAGGCUCCCUGAGAGUGUGGUCACCGUAAUGUGUUCUUAGACAGGGACUGUUGGGCACAAACUGUUUCACUGUAUUCUCAAGAUUUUAUCAGACUUGUUUCAACUCCUGAAUGAACUGGGCUGAUACAUAGAUAAGAGUUGUACAUUUUAUGGCUUGCUUCGUAAGAUAAUUGCGUGUUUGUGUGCAUGGCUGUUUUCCUAUCCUCUUCCCGCGACCCUUGUUUGUUUGUGCGGGCACCCCGAUAGCUAUACAGGUGUGUUUUAUCACCUGACAAGUGUGUAAGCUGUCAUAAAUGUUGAGUUUUAUUUUACCAUGAAUGCCAUUUUUUGUAUGUGCGCACGUGUGUCUGUGUGCAAGAUGUUGAAGAUGUGGCUGUUUAAUGAAACAUACAGGCAGCAGUCCUUGUGAGAUCAGAAUUUUUUGUCCUUUUUCACGUCAAUUUAUUGUCAUUUUGUUCAUCUGACGAGUUCUGAUAUUGUGGAUCAUAUAUUAAUAAAUAUUCAUCAUCACUAUAA